AUGAGUCUAGGGAAGCACAGGAUACGGGUCAACAUGAUCUCUAGAGGUCUGCAUCUUGGCGAUGAAUAUCCAGUUUCAGUGGGGAUAGAUCGAGCGGAGAAGCUGGUGAAGGACGCUGCUCCGCUUGGCCAGUGGCUGAACCCAGAGAAAGAUAUAUAUUCAACUGUGAUUUACCUGAUCAGUGACGGUUCAUGCUUCAUGACAGGUACCACUGUGAUGGUGGAUGGAGCGCAGUCUCUUAUGAGACCACGUCUCAAAUCCUACAUGUGA